AUGUUUCUCCAUUUUGCAAUACUACUUCUUAUGUCCCAUGGACUUCUUGGCAAAAUGGACGUUUCGGAAGCUAUUGAUGGAGACAGCCGAAUAAUAGGUGGCAGUGAUGCCCCUCCAGACAUGGCUAACUACCAAGUUUCAAUUCAAAUUAAUAGCGAAAACAAAGAAUGGCAUGUUGACGGAGGGUCUAUUUUAAACGAAGAGUACGUGUUAACAGCAGCUCAUUCUUUUAAUGAGUGA